AUGUAUGGAAUAACACAACACAAUGGAAUUUGUUAUGUAGCAUGUGGAAAUAAGAUUAUAAAAUUGAAUCUGUCUGGUAAAAAGCUUAGAGAAUAUAAAGUCGAAGACAAUUACAAUAUUCACAUAAGUACAACAAAAGAUGGACAUAUUGUGUACAGUAACAGUUCCCUGAAUACAGUGACCGCCAUCACGGACCAGGGAGACACCGUGUGGCAGUAUAAACAUAUCAAAAUGAGAGUACCCCGUGGACUUGAUGUAGACUCUGUCGGUAAUAUCUUUGUUGCCGCUAGAGGAAGUGACAAUAUCCACGUGUUGUCUGGCGCUGGCUGUCUCGUUAGGAUUAUCGAGGAUAUUCCACAGCCAAUGUUUAUUAAACUAAUGGAAGAGAGGAUGUGUAUAGGAACAAGUCACAGAAAAUGCGAAAGUGUUGAUACUGUCGAAGAUGCGGCCAAAAAUAUAAAAGAAAAUGGCCAACUGGAUGUACUUUUUGGUGAUGUGAAGAACCUGGAAAAGAAAUUGACAAAAGCAAAGAGCGAGCAAGAGAAGAAUGUAGCAGAAAUAGAGAACUCAGUGGACGAAAUCAUAGAGGAAACAGAAAGGGAAUUCAAAGAACUUGUUGAUCACUUAGAAAUGCUGAAGAACAGACAUUUAGAUGAAGUAGCAGGUGCGCUGAAGAAAGGAAGGGGGGAGUUGGGUGAUUGUACAAAUGUACUUAUUGAUGGCAUACAGUGUACAAAUUACUGCUGCCGGAAUAUUGAAAGAGCUAAAGAGACAGAGAAUGACGCUGAGAUGGUAAUGACGUAUUACAGAGUGAAAGAGAGGCUCUUACAGCUUGAACAGUUUAAAUUCACGAAGAAACAGAUAACGAUAUCUGAAAGAAAGUCACAAGUUCUGAAAGAAGUGAGAAAUAUGGAAUCUUUUGGAGAUAUUGAAUAUGCUGAGUCUGAUUUUCGCAUCACAUACGAUGUACAUGACAUUGCGUUAUCUUUAGUUUCUGAAUUCAGCAUUGAUGGAGGAAAUCCGAAUGUGUGGACUGGGAAUUUUCUGUCGAAUGGUAACUUUGUAGUUGCAAAUUGCAAAUCUAAUGGCACUUGUUUUAUUUAUAACAAAGACUGGAAAUCCACGGAAGUCAUUGAUGGACUGAGUACCCCUUUUAAAGCAAUAAAAGCCGGAGAGGAACUACUGGUGACGUGUUAUGGAACGAAAUCUAUUGAAGUUUAUUCUGCGUCUGAUUUACAUAAACUGCGAAGUAUCAAUAUAAACGAAUAUGUGUAUGGAAUAACAAAACACAAUGGAGCGUGUUAUGUAGCAUGUGGAAAUAAAAUCAUAAAAAUUGAUAUGUCCGGUAAAAAACUGAAAGAAUAUAAAGUUGAAUGGGGUACUAUUAACAUAAGUACAACACAACAUGGACACCUUGUGUACAGUAACCAUCCCCGUAAUAGAGUAACCGCAAUCACUGAUCAGGGAGACACCGUCUGGCAGUAUACACAUCUGAAAAUGAUAGAACCCCAUGGACUUGAUGUAGGCUAUAUCGGUAAUAUCUUUGUUGCCGCUAGAGGAAGUGACAAUAUCCACGUGUUGUCUGGCGCUGGCAGUCUCAUUAGGAUUAUCGAGGAUAUUCCACAGCCAGUGUUUAUUAAACUAAUGGAGGAGAGGAGUAUGUGUUGUGUGUGCAGUGGUUGUAAAAUCAUGAAAGUGUAUAAACUGUAG